AUGAAGUCCACACCGUCCAAGCGUCUCCGCCUCACUUGGUCUGAGAAAGUGGGCAUCCUCGACAAGGCAGCCCGCACACCUGCUCUCUCCUACAGGGGCCUGGCUGAGUGGGCUGUGACGGAGUUCAGCCUCCCGGCCGCACCAGGCAAGAUAACGAUAUGCCGCAUAAUCAAGUCAAGUGCAUUGACAGCGCUGUUGUGGUGCGAGGAUGCCUGGUCAAAGAUUUGUGCUUCGACCAUACGCCACUGUUGGAAUCCUUCCGGACUUGUAGGUAAAGCUGCUCUUCAGUUCAUUUUGAAAUAA